GUUGUCAUUCAGCAGCUAGCACCAGCAGCAUCUUUUGACCAUUCAAUGAGCUAAGACCUAACAGUUUAAAGGAGCUACAAUUGUCCUUACAGCUCCUAACUUUACACUGUAUUCAUUGGUUUUCUUGAAAAGGCUGUGUUUCGUAUCGAUUUCAAAAAGUCAUGGCAGCCGAUUGGUUGGGUAGUUUGGUGUCAAUUAACUGUGGUCCAACGCUGGGAGUGUAUCAAGGAGAGGUGGUGUCUGUGGACCAGUCCAGCCAAACCAUCUCCUUAAGACAACCUUUCCACAAUGGAGUCAAGUGCCCUGUUCCCGAGGUCACUUUCAGCGCCAUUGACAUAAAGGAGCUCAAGAUUUUAGAUAUCACAAUUGGCAAUGCUAGAAACAGCUCUUCUGCAUCUACAAAAGUAAGCAGUGCUCCAGUCGCAGUCCCAAAGGGCGACCCCAGGUCUGCGGCCAAUCUCAACUCUCCUCAGCACUGCUCCAAAAGCCAAGGAGAACGUCACGUGGACAUACCUGGCCAGCCAAAAGGAUUUCGUCGAAGACACAACUCCUGGUCAUCUAGCAGUAAAGGGGCAAACCAAGCAACACCGAAAAAGAAUGGUGUGAAGAACGGCCAGAUGAAGCCCAGAGACGACGAGUGUUUUGGGGAGGCCACCGACGACGGGGUGGAUACUGAUUUUGAUUUUGAAGGAAACUUGGCUCUUUUUGACAAAGCAGCAGUUUUCUCAGAAAUCGACAUUUCGGAGCGCCGUAACGGUGCAAGAUCACGUGGGACGCCUCUAGACCAAACGCCCACACGGUACCGCCAUGAUGAAAACAUCCUGGAGGCCAAACCUGUUGUGUACAGACAGAUUACUGUGCCGCAGCCUGGGGCCAAAGAGUACUGCACUGACUCUGGGCUUGUUGUACCCAGUAUAUCCUACGAACUACAUCAGCGUCUGUUGUCAAUCGCUGAGCGCCACGGUCUCUCACUGGAGCGAAGACUUGAGAUGACCGGAGUGUGUGCGACUCAGAUGGCGCUCACGUUGCUGGGUGGACCCAACAGAUUCACUCCGAAGAACUUACACCAGCGUCCCACAGUGGCUCUGCUGUGUGGCCCUCAUGUUCAGGGAGCCCAGGGCAUCAGCUGUGGUCGUCACCUGGCCAAUCAUGAAGUGGAGGUCGUCAUGUAUCUGCCCAAUUUUGUCAAGAUGCUCGACUGCGUCACCAGCGAGGUCACCCUCUUCAACAAGACCAGUGGCAAACAGGUGUCAAGUAUCAAAGACCUCCCAGACACGCCGGUGGACUUAAUCAUAAACUGCCUUGACUGCCACGAGAACACAUUCCUGAUGGACCAGCCUUGGUACCGGGCAGCUGCAGACUGGGCGAACCAGAACCGAGCGCCCGUGCUCAGCUUAGACCCUCCUGGUAGUGGACAGGGUCAGGCGGUGGAGGCCAAGUGGUCCCUCUCUCUCUGUCUCCCCUUCUCCCUUGCCGAGGGGGCCGGCAGAGUUUACCUGUGUGACAUAGGUAUUCCUCGACAGGUGUUCAAGGAAGUGGGAAUCAAGUACAUUUGUCCCUUUGGCUGCAAAUUCGUCAUCCCUUUGCACUCUGCGUAAUGGGACUAAUAGUCAACAUGAGUCCCUCACCCUCCAUGACCAUUGGGGUUUUGGCGCCUUAUGUUCCAGAGUUCAUCCAUUACAUUACUAACUCAUCGACUUGAGAAAGGGACCACUGUUUGGUCAAUUAGGACUAAGUCCAUGUGGGUGGGAUAGGAAAGAGCUUUAUUGAAAAAGUAAAUGUGUUGACCAUCAGAGGCUUCAGCCAUAAUGUAGAUACUAUUGUAUUUACAUGAUACGUUCAGAUUGACAAUCUCUGACUUAAAAAGAAAAUAUUUCUGGAUGUCACUGCAAUCUAAACUCAUUCUUGAGCCUAUCUGGUGAAUAAACACCAUUCAAACAUAUAUUUUGUUUAAAUGUGAUGAUAUUACCACAGAAAACCAACAGAUUGGUGUCACCAUUGCUAAUGGCCUUACAGCCUGCCAUACUCUGCAGAACUUUAUUACUCUUACUUCCCAUUUAAGCAAAUGUGGAAAAUUGUCAUUUAUGCGAGUAGUUUUCUAUUUUCUUAACCAGUGUUGAAUGGAGCAGCUGAUGGAGAGAAUCCAGAUAUCAGCAGUUUUGUUUGUUAAAGCUAAAGAAGGCCUUCAUAUGGGCUCUGAUAAGAUGCAAUUUAAAACCUCUUAUAGGCAAAAAGAUUUGCUUACAGAAAUGUGUUACUGAAGUCAUGAUGUUCCACUAGCUUCUGUGCAAUCUCCUCUCAGUCAAGCCAAUGUGUCAUCCACUAUAGUAGUUAUGAGAAAUAUCAACCUUACAUUGAACAGGGAUUAGUUGUUUAGCAUAAAAUAAGUACAAGCUGGGAACCUUUGUCAUUGUGUCUUGGUUUUCAUUUCUAUCAGUUCGCUUUGGCUCUCUAUUGUAUGUUAAAGGACCACAGCAGAGUGUUUACACGUUUUAGUUCCUUAACUACCAAUCAUUUAUGUAAUCUGAUCUUUUUUAAAUGCAGAACACAGAUUACAGAUCUUUGGGAAUUCAUCAGAGCGAUCAUAAAGUCUGUGGUAGUUAAAUUGUUUUGUCGUAAUGUAGUUGAUUUAAAAAAAAAAAGUCUCCAUGCAUUCUAGACAUAGUCUGUUAUGGACUAAAAUGUCAAGAAUGUCCAAGUAGAUUUUCAUGUUUUAUGAAAGCCAAUGGAUGCCUGGUAGACAAAAUGGUCUUAAGUUUCGACCUCCAGGCAGGUGAGAAUGUCGACAGGUGUUUUCGGUUGACAAGUUGUGUUUUAAAACGUAAAAAGGCUCUUUAUAUUUCAGAUAUGAAUGCAUUUCCAGGUGAAUCAUCUGUUAUGAGAAAUGUAACCGUUUCUUUUUUAUAUUCCCUCUCCUGGUAUUGUGAAGUAUGGCUGUUGUGUGUACUCCACCAUUAGUGGUAUUUACCAUGAGAGCUGCUUGUUUUGUGCUGCUUUACGAGGCCUUGACAGAGGGGGUUGUAGGCAUUUCUACUGCCAAAAAAUGUGACAAUGAAAGUCAAACCCUUAGCUUGUUCUUUUAAAAAAUCACAUUCUUUUUAAAUGUGUCCAGAGACAAAGACUGUUGUAUUAGGUAAUGGACAUGGACAUUGUAUACAACAUGUCCCUAAAUUGUGUAUCAUUGCGGUCAGUUUAGUCUAUACAAAGCUGCACUAAAGCAGUUAAAGAAAUGAUAAAGGAAGUCAUCUGGGAAAAGGUUUACAGUGGUUUUGUAUCCACACAAUAACAUCUCAGGAGGAUUAAAAAUACUUCCAUUAUAUGUUUGUUUUUUCUCUGUGCACAUUAUCCUGCACAGGGUUCAUACACUGAUUCUGUGAAAAUGACUUCUCAUGCACAAAGGGUUUGUCCUUUCUCCAACAUUCCUCCGGCCUGAUGUGUUAUGUCACAUCUGUUGAGACAAGUCUAGCUGGGAAGCAUCAGCCAGCGCUACUGAUUGUGAAGAGCUGUUUCCUCUUUGGCCGCCAGGGGGCCAUUACACCACACUUUUGGUGUCUCUUCCUUAUUCCUUUGUAAUGGCAGCUUAAUAUAUCUUUCCCCCGAAAAUAUGGGUAUUUCUCUACGAAAUGUGAACAGUCAGAAACCAUGUGGUGAUCUGGCUUUGGCAGGAAAGCAUUUUCAAAGUGUAUUUGUUUAAAUGCAGGCUCUGCUUCUUGAUAUGCAUUACAUUAGUUUACAUGUUUCACAUUCUCACAUCUGCGCUGGGUGUUUAGUACAUGCAAGGUUAGUUUGCAGUUCAGGAAUAAAAUUCGUUUUUGUACAGCCAGUGGGAGGUUUUGUCUAGACAGUACAACAGUUUCAUUUUUGGUGCGAAGUUCAGUAUCAAGGUUCAAGUGCAAAAGUACUGUGCAGUCCUCUUGUGUCAUGUCUGCAGAUUGAAACAAUAAAAACUUUCAACGUUGCUUUA